AUGCAAGCACGUGGUGCACCGGUUCCACUGAUCAAGGGUAUACCCAUUCUCUUGCUCGCAGGCGAAACAGUAAGCGAAGAAGACGAUGCCUUCGUUCACUGGGUGCACUAUGUACGUCGCCUCAUCAACAUUUUUGCUCUAAAGGCUAGUGCCCAUGCGGCGGAUGUGCGUCUCGAACGCAAGCUUCGGUAUAAUUAUGCCAAGCUUAAUACCAGAGACCACUUGCGCAAGCGCACGCGCUAUGCUUCGGCUACUAAGGUAGCCGCGAGUGCUGGUCAGUCUGUGGCCAACAACCCGCCAACCCGGACCACUAGUGGUGGGGAACGGACUCGGGCUCGAUUUGACCAUGGCCACGAUACUCAAAAGCCUCUAACGCAUAUGGGCAGUCCUGCCGAAGGAGUACCUCAAAUUCCCAUGCGUUUUUAG